AUGGCCAACCAAGAAUACAAAAGUAAAGCUGGAAGAAAAAAGAAGAUUAUUCAGAAACCUCUUGUUGUAUCUGAGGACGGGAAACUUUGUUCUAUUACCGUAGCUGACGUCUCUACAUCAAGCUCAAGCAUAGAGACUGAGCCAGAAACGAAAGAAAAUUUGGACCUGAAUGACGUUGAAAUUGAAAAUGGAAAUGAAAUACAUGCCGAAUGUUUGGAUCAAGACAAGAACGAUGAGGAUUGUAAGGAUAUCAAAGCCGUCAAAGCCCAGCCGCCCUAUGAAAAAGAAGACAUAAAAGAACCUCAGAAAAGGGUUUCCAUCAUUUCUGCUAAAGGUGGUACUGGCCGCAAGGGGAAGACUAAAAAAGAGGUGGACAAUGAACAAAUUGAACCAAAAGUUAAGGGUAAGCGUGGAAGGAAGAGAAAGCAGGAUACAUUACAGGCCACAGAUGAAAUAAAAGAAGAACUCAAGCCAAAAGCAAAACGAGCGAAGAACCCUAGCACUUCUGCCAGUAAAGGCCCAAAGAAACAGAACCCAACUGCCUCAAAUCUUCAGCUUCCUUCUCCUCCACCAACACCGCCGCCGCCAACUGAAACCGAACUCGCAGAGGCAGCUGCAAAGACCAACGCAGAAUCAGCCCGCAAAGAGCGCCUUAAACUAAUCCCAUACUACUACGAGGAAAUGAAAGAGAUUUUUGACUUCCUCUGCGAUCGUGGUGUCUACUGGAAAAAUGACCUACCCAAGAACAAAAGAUACAGUAACAGAGAUACGAAGUUGCUCGAAAAAGAGGUUAAGAAGAAAGUUUCGGAGAUAUUGGAGAGCUAUCCAAAGGAGAAAUUUGUUAUGGAAGCGUUCGAAGAAGCAGAGAGGAAGUUGAAAGCCUUGGGUGAGCGACAGGAUCAAGACCAUGAUGAGAAAGAGAUUGAUAUAGACACAGGUGGCAAAUUGGGUGUAUCCAAUUAG